AUGUCCGACGCCGGUUUCGAGGUUGUCCAGCACACGGAUGCUCCCGAAUCUGCUCCUGCGCCUACCUCAGAGCCCGCAGUCCCCUCGACGCCGACCUCGCCGACUGCCACUGUAGAGAAGAAAACAACGGCCGGCCCCGCAGCUUCGAAGCGCGCCACGACAAGCGCUACCUCGGGUGUUCGUCGGCCGGCUGCCACUGGUGCCGCCUCCACGAAGUCGACCACAAGCUCGACCACAAGCUCGACCACACGAACGAGCGCUGCCGGCACCGGGACCAGGCCGACGGCCCGUCCUGCCGCGGGGAGCACCAUCAAGCGCCCAUCGACGGCUACAUCCACUGUCUCUCACCGCUCUCGCCCGUCCGUUUCCGAAGAUGAGAAGAAGCGGGCGCCGGUCUCGGGUGCCACUGGAUCGGCGCGCCGUAUCUCCACCGCGCCUAGCGGACCUUCGAGCUCACCCAGCAAGCCGAGAACUGGUACCACUGCUGCCGGCACCACUGCUGCAGCAAGGAAGCCCCUGGCAGCUUCCGGCACUGUGCCUUCGCGGAUGUCCACGACCACUUCGCGGUCAUCGACAACCGCUUCGUCAGCGCCCGCUGCAACGACCCGUACCGCCACCAAACCCUCCGGUACCGGCGCCGUAGCGGAAGCGAAGAAGCGACUCUCCGUGUCGUCUGGAACAACGACCGGGACUACUCGACAUGCGCCGCGUCCGUCGCUGGCAUCGAGCACGUCUAGCGCCACCGCCACUGCCGCCGCUGCCGAGUCCGCCAAGGAGAUCGGGGAUCUCAAGGCAAAGCUCACUUCCAGCGAGUCCGAGAUCAUGGAAUUGAAGGCAAAGAUUUCCUCGUCCCAGGAUAAGAUCGCGGAGCUCACCAAGGCCGGUACUGUCGAAGGAGGCCAGGCCGCCACCGAAGGCGCCAUUAACCAGGAAGCCCUGGAGGGCCUGAAGACGGAGCACGCUGCCGAGCUCGAGGCUCUGAACAAGCAGGUUGCCGAGACUCAGGAGAAGCUGGCCGCCGCUGAAACCGAUCUGGCUGCCCAGAAGAGCGAGCUCGUUGGCGCUACCAGUGCAAAGGAAGCUGCUGAAGCUGAACUAGCCGAGCUCAAGACAUCGCUCGAAGGCCUCCAGGCAGAGCAGGAGGCCAAGCUGAACGAGGCUGCGACAAGCCUCACCAAGGCAACCGACGACCACACUGCCAAGCUUGAGGCUCUCCAGAGCAGUCUAAAGCAGGAGCACGAGGCGGCUGUCGAGGCAUUGAAGGCCAAGCAUGCCGAGGAGCUGCAGGGCGGAAGCACCACCCUCGUUGCCAACCACGAGAAGGCUAUCGAGGAGCUCAAUGCGAGCCACGAAACCACCCUCGCCGAACUACAAAAGAAGAUCGACGAUUUGACCUCGAGUCAGGCGACUCUGGAAGCUGCCCACGAGGAGAAGCUUGCCAGGGAAACAGCGGCCGGGUCAGCAAAGCUUGGGGAGCUAGAGGCCCAGAUUGCCGAACUCAAUGCAAAACUCGAGGCGGCAGAGAAGGCUGCGGAAACUGCCAAGUCUGAGCUCGAAGAGAAGACGGCAGCACUGACCUCUCUGGAAGCCAAGGUUGCCGAGGCUGAAGCUGAGCUGUCGGCUAUCAAAGACGAAGCUUCCAAGGCCACUGGCUCCCACGCCGACCUCCAGAAACUUAUCGAUAGUCUCAACGAAGAGAGCAAGUCGAAGGAUGCCACGAUCGCGAAGAUCAAGGAGGAGACCGCUGCCGCUGCCGACCACCACCAGAAGCAGCUCCAGCAGGUCAGUCAGGAUUAUGAGAACGAGAUCGAGAGCCUGCGGGGCGAUGCUUUCUUCAAGCGUAGGUUCGAGGAGCUCGAGGUCAAGCACGAUGAGCUCACCAAGGCUCAUGACGAAGCUGCUGAGAGCCAUGCGAAGGCUCUCGAGGCGGCCAAGGCCGAGCACGAGGCCGCGGUCAAGGCGUUGGAAGCUAAGGAGGCUGAGCAUCAGCAGGCCUUAGAUGCGCUUCAGGCGAGCCAUGCCGAGGAGCUGGAAGGUGCCAAGAGCCUAGCCAGGCAAGCCCAUGAGGCUAGCGCCGAGGAGAUUGAGUCGCUCAAGGCCAGCCAUGCCAGCCAGAUCGACAUCUUGAGGGGUGAAAGCGAGACCAGCCUGGCCAAGGAGCUUGAGGCUCUGAAGGCCUCCCAUGCCGAGAUCCUCGCAAACCUCAACAACGACGCUACGGCUGAGAAGGAGCAAAUCCUUGCCAAGCACGCUGAUGAGCUCGCUGCUGCUAAGGCGGCUGGCGAUGACAGCCACGCGGCCCUCGUGGAGCAAAUCAAGCAGGAACUUGAGGCCAAGCAUGCCGAGGACCUAGCCAAGGUAACGGCACAGCUCGAGGCCGCCAGCAACCUGAAGGAGGAGCUCGAAGCUAAGCACGCAGAGGAAGUUGCGAAGCUCACGGCGGAGCUUGGGUCGGCAAGCGAAGUCAAGGAGGCGCUGGAGGCUAAGCACUCCGAGGAAGUGGAGAAGCUGAUGGCUCAACUGGAGGCGGCCAGUGGUCUCAAGGGCGACUUGGAGUCGAAGCAUGCCGAGGAGGUCGCCAAAUUGGUGGCUCAGCUCGAGGCAGCCGGCGGCUUCAAGGAAGAAUUCGAGGCCAAGCAUGCGGAUGAAAUCGCGAAACUGAUGGCGGAGCUCGAGACGGCCAAGGCCCUCCAGCAGGAUGUUGAGGCUACCCAGGCCAAACUUAGCGACGCGGAGGCUAGCCAUGCAUCGGCCAUUGAGUCGCUCAAGAAGACCCUCGAGGACGACCAUGCGGCCGAGGUGGAGAAACUGAUCGCGGUGCACAACGGGGCUCAGGAGGCCCUGAGGAACGAGGGCACCGCGCAGUCCCAGGCCCAGCUCGACGAAUUGCGGGCCAACCACAACAGCCUUCUGGAGGAAUUGACGGGCAAGUCUCAGUCGACGUCGGAGGAGCUGGCCAAGGUCGUAGCGGCCAAGAGCGAGGUUGACGCAGCCCUCGAGGCGCUCAAGGCCGAGCAUGCCAAGACCCAGGAGGAGAUCGACACUCUCAGCCAGCAGCUGGCCCUGGAGAAGAUGGAGAAGUUCACGGCUCAGGCUGAGCUCGAUGCCGCUAAGAACGCGAAGCCCGACACCACCGAGCUUGACGCCCUCAAGGAGCAGCUUGCUACCCUUACCGCGACCCACGAAAAGGAGCUUGCCGAACUCAAGGCUAGCCACGAGAAGACCCUUGCCGGCGCCGACGAGGCAUCGGGCAAGGCUUCGUCGGAGCUUGCAAGCGCACAGGAGGAGCUGGCCAAGACCAAGAAGGAGUUGGAGGCGCGCACAAACGAGGUCGAGACCAUCACGAAGACGUCCCAGGCCGACUACAAGGACAUGCAUGACAGCAUGACGCAGCUUGUCGAGGAGGCGCAGACCCUGGCGGCUAACAACAUCAAGAAGCUGGCGGACGUGGAACAGCAAGUCGGCGAUGCCGACAAGAAGAUUGCCGAGCUCACGGCUCAGCUCAAGGUUAGGGACGCGGAGCUGGCCGAGGCUAGGACUACGGGCGACGCGCCCAAGGGCCUUGCCGCGAGCCGCUUCGCCAACGCGGCCGGCGACGACGAAAACGGCGACGCUGCUAACCAGCCCACGGAAGGUGAGGCAGAGCCGGAUCACUCCUCGGCAGCAUUGGCUUCGGUGCGGACUACUCUCACUUAUCAUGCAGCCUUUUCAUAA